UCUUCGCCUCUCAUUGUGGCGGUCUGUUCUUCGAUACCUCUCCUCUGUUCUUAUAAAUACCGGACCUCUCUAGCCUCCGGUUGAGAUUCUCCUCCACCAGAGAGAGAGAGAGUGGAGUUUAAUCUUUGUGAAAAUUUUAUGGGUGGUAAUUCAUUUCAAGAGAUUUUUCAUUCAUCUUCUAUUCCUGCCAUCUAUUGUAGCGAAAUACCCUGUUUCGGUUACUAUUCUUCCUCUGUUUUUCAUUACCUUUCCAUUAAUUACCAAUCACAUCAUCAACACAAAUGUCUACCCAUUAAUUAAUCGCCGUCUACUCACAGCUAUUUUCCUUCUUAUGCUUGCCUUACUAACCAAAAAAGAAUUGUUUGCUUCAACCGCUUGAUUAAUAAAAACAUGGCUUCUUUAUUCUCCUCUGUUUCUUGUUCUUGCACUGUAGUUCUCUGCCUGGUUCUUUUCAUUUUCAGAGGUGCUUCAGCUGCUACAUUCACACUUGUAAACAAAUGCGAUUACAGUGUAUGGCCUGGAAUUCUGGGCAGCCCUAAACUAGAAACGACAGGCUUUGAGCUUCCCAAGGGCAGCUCUCGCACUUUCCAGGUACCGACAGGUUGGUCCGGUCGUUUCUGGGGACGAACUGGCUGCAAUUUCGACGAUUCCGGCCACGGCUCCUGCGCCACCGCUGACUGUGGCUCUUCCCAAGUCGAAUGCAAUGGCAACAGUGCUACUCCACCUGCCACCUUAGCUGAAUUCACGCUCGGUACUGGUACACAAGAUUUCUACGACGUCAGCCUCGUCGAUGGCUAUAACUUGCCAAUGGUAGUCGAUGUAAAUGGAGGCUCAGGUGCUUGUGCGUCGACGGGAUGCGUGACAGACCUUAACAGGAAGUGCCCGAAUGAGCUGAAAGUUGAAGGCGGUGGAGCAUGCCGGAGCGCUUGUGAUGCGUUUGGGAACCCAGAGUACUGUUGCAGUGGCGCGUAUAAUACACCUUCAACUUGUAAACCUUCGACGUACUCGGAAAUGUUCAAGAGUGCGUGUCCGAAAUCAUACAGCUACGCUUAUGACGAUGCUUCCAGUACUUUUACGUGUACUGGCGCUGAUUACAGGGUCACAUUUUGCCCCAACUUGCCCAGUCUAAAAUCAGCGAGAGAUUCUUCUCCAAAGGCAACAGGGACAGUGCCAGCGGCAGUACAGGAGGCAGAGUUGGCAAGCUCAUGGCUAGCAAGUUUGGCCACUGGGGAUUCAACAAGAAGCUACCCACUUUCAGUUGUGCAAUUUGCACUUGUUUUGGUGACAUCUUUGAUUCUUUGGUACAAUAUUGGAUUGUAGCUAGUCUCUCUCCCUAAUCCAUCACCUUUGAGAUUGGCAAUCAAUACUUUUUGUGACGAAAAGAAAGGGGAGAGAAGGAAUCAAUAAUCAACAUAUAUGUAUGGGGACCAAUCAAAUCAUAUUUGUAAGCAAAACCCACUUCCAAAAUGAUGCAUAUAUUUAUAUUAAUUAGUUUAGAAAUAAAAAUUAGUGUAUUUCUCUUUUAUCUUA